AUGGGAACGGUUCAUGGAUUGCUUUGUAUUUUUGUAAUCGCAUCCUACAUCAUCAUCAGUCAUGGCCAAAAGAUCGUGUGCACACAGGAAUCCAAGGCUGAUAUAGUGUUUUUAGUGGAUGGCUCUGCCAGCAUCGGUCUCAAGAACUUCCAACAGAUCCGGGACUUUCUCAUGUCCGUCGUGACUAACUUUGACAUCGCUCCAAAUAAGAUCAGGGUUGCGAUGGUCCAGUUUAGUGAUACACCAAAAACUGAGUUUUUCCUCAACACCUAUGAGGAAAAGCAGGAGAUUCUCAACUACAUUAAACAAUUGCCGUAUAAGACUGGCGGCACCUACACGGGCCUGGCCUUGCAGUUCUUGCUGAAAAACCACUUUGUUGAGCAAGCAGGGAGUCGGGCAAAUCAAAAGGUGCCCCAGAUUGUCUUUGUCAUCACAGAUGGAAAAUCUCAGGAUGAGGUCGAGCCAUACGCUCAGGAACUGAGACAGAAGGAAAUCACGGUGUAUGCCAUUGGAAUCAAAGACGCAGAUGAGAAGUUCCUGAAGAAGCUCGCAAGUCAGCCAUAUGAAAAUCACGUGUUCAGCGUGUCUGACUUUAAUGCCCUCCAGGAAAUCUCACUGAGUGUCAGUCGUGAGCUGUGCACCACUGUCGAAGAGGCACAAGGAGAGAGACAAGAAUGCAGUGAGAUUACUGCAGCAGACAUUGUUUUUCUUGUGGAUUCGUCCGACACCAUUGGAGACGACAAGUUUGAAGAAAUACGCAAUUUCCUCCACACUUUUGUACAGGGACUUGACAUUGGUGAACAAAAGGUGAGAGUUGGCCUUGCUCAGUUUAGCGAGAGCCCACACCAGGAGUUCUUGCUUGGUGCAAAUGAAGCCAUGAAGGAAGACCUGCUCAAGAAGCUGCUCAGCAUCCCAUAUCGCAGGGGUGGGCCAAAAAAAACGGGGCUCGCUCUGGACUUCAUUCGGAACAAGUAUUUCAGCCAAGCUAGACAAAACGUUUCAAAGAUUGCCAUCGUGAUCACGGAUGGGGAGUCGAGUGAUGCUGUGCAGGGGCCAGCUCAGGAGCUCCGAAAGCAGGGAGUUGUCAUGUUUGUGAUUGAGACUGGACCAGCAAAUAAUGUGCAACUUCAAGCCAUUGCUAACAGUCCCUGGAAAGAAUUCUUGUUUAGCACUGAUCAUUACCAAAAUUUACUCAGCCUGAUUGAGAACCUACGCAGAAGAGUGUGUAUUGCUGUUGAUGACCAAUUGCGAGCUUCUUCCCUUAAGUUUGCAGAUGUCUUUUUCCUGGUGGACAGUACAGCAUCAAAACCAGAGUCCCAACAAAUCAGAACCUUCUUGAUCCGACUGGUCAAUCAGCUCUCUGUCAGCAAGGAUGGGAACCAUGUUGGCCUGGCACAGUUCAGUGACGAUGUUGAAGAGGAAUUUCUGCUCAAUACUAAUAAGACCAAAAGCGAGAUAUUAUCAUACAUACGCACUCUCCGACUUAAGCCCAAAGGCGUGCGUAAACUUGGAAAUGCAAUCGAACAUGCACGCAAAAACUUCUUCAAUACUUCAACAGGUAGUCGCAUCGCACAAGGUUUCAAACAGGUCCUGCUGGUGAUGAGUGUGGGGAAGUCGGAAGACAAUGUCAUUCAGCCAUCACGUACAAUUAAAAAGGAUGGAAUCCACAUGAUCUCUGUUGGCUUGGGCAAAGCUGAAAUGGACGAGCUGGAUGAUAUUUCUAGUCCAAAUCACACCUAUAAAAUGAUGGCACCAAACAUUUCACUGGUGGUACAGAAAGCCAGGCUUAUGAUUGAAUCACAAGAUGAUCACCGUAUCUCCCAAGACUGUGCAUCCGCCGACACGGCAGACAUCGUGUUUAUCGUUGAUGAAUCUGGCAACAUGGGACCUGAAAACUUUCAGCUUGUCCGCAACUUCCUCCGAAACACCAUUUUAGGGCUUGAUGUAGGCAUCGACAAAGUGAGGAUAGCCAUUGUUCACUACAGCGAUGUCCCCAGAGCUGAUGUCUAUCUGAACACAUUCAGCAACAAGAAUGAAAUUUUGCAGUACGUUCAGAGGCUGUCCUAUGGCAGAGGCAAAGCGUAUACCGGGGCUGCUCUACGGUUUGCCAAGAACAACAUAUUCACCAAGGAAAGAGGCAGCCGAAGUGAUGAACAUGUUCAACAGAUUGCGGUGGUCAUCACAGACGGAUGGUCUGCAGAUGAAAUCACCAACGCGGCAGCAGAUCUGCGUCGUUCAGGCAUUACAGUUUUUGCUCUGGGCAUCAAAAACGUUAACGUAAAUGAAUUGAACGAGAUAGCGUCUUACCCACCCAGAAAGUUUGUGUUUAACGUCGAGAGUUUUCUUAAGCUCAACGCAUUUUCAAGUUUGUUAACAAAAAGCCUUUGUGGGGAUAUUACCUCUGGCUUUAUACCCAUGCUCAAAGAGAUUACUCUUCAGAAAGGCUGCAAGUUCACAGCUGAAGCAGAUAUCUAUUUCCUCCUCGAUGAAUCGGGGAGCAUUACUUACACAGACUUUGAUGAAAUGAAAGCUUUUAUUUUAGAGUUCCUUCACAUGUUUGAGAUCGGACCCAAUAAGGUGCGCAUUGGUGUGGUGAAAUUUGCAAGCCAUGCAACCACUGUCUUCCGCCUGGACACCUACAACACAAAGACUGAAGUGGAAAAAGCAGUGAAGGACCUCAUAAUGUAUGGAGGUGGCACCAGAAUUGAUUUGGGACUGGAAGCAAUGAUCCCGCUCUUUCAGCAAGCAUCCCAAACACGCAAGGACAAGGUUCGCGAAAUACUCAUCAUGAUUACGGAUGGUAAAUCUGAGGCAGGUGGAACGCCAGUGAACAUUCCAGCUGAGGAAAUGAGGAGGCAGAACAUCACAAUCUAUGCUAUCGGAGUGAAAGAUGCAGACAUGGACGAGCUGGACGAAGUCUCCGGAAGCCCAAAAAGGACUUUUUAUGUCCAAAACUAUGAUGCUCUUAAGCUAAUUAAAACCAAAGUCCUGAAAGAACUUUGUUCAUUUGAAGCUUGUGGCGAUCUUUUGGCGGAUGUCGUCUUUCUGAUUGACGGUGCGGAUGCUGUUGAUGAGCAAGACUUUCGAAAGACAAAGGAACUCAUAGGAUUUGCAGUUGAAAAACUCCCUAUUCAAGAGAACAGAGUGCGACUCGCUGUCGUUCAAUACAGCACGAACACAAAUGUGGAAUUUGCCUUAGACGCCUUCCAUGAUAAAGACUCAUUACAAAAGAAAAUUGCAUCCAUCCAGCAGCUUAAAGGCAAAACCUACACAGGCAAGGCACUUAAAGAUGUUUUAAUGGCGUUUCAGGAAGCCAAAGGGGGACGUCCUAAUACUUUGCAGUUCCUAAUACUUGUUACCGAUAGCGUGUCCAAAGAUGACGUCGUACAGCCUUCUCGAGCUCUUAGAGAGCACAACAUCACCAUUUAUGCGAUCGGUUUGGAACAUGCUAGUAAGUCUCAGUUGUUUGAUAUUUCUGGAUCUUAUGACAGAGUCUACCUGGACAGCAAUUUUGCUUCCCUACAGACGUUGGAUAGUGAGAUUAUCUUCAAGAUAUGCAAUUCUGAGUGCAAAAGACCUGAACUGAUGGAUGUAAUCUUUGUGGUGGAUGGCUCUGGUAUUGCUGACAAAGCAAAUUUUCAGCUGAUGAAAAGAUUUUUGGAAGGACUGGUGAAAAAGGCAGAUGUCGGACAGAAGAGAGUCCGCUUUGGAAUGAUUAUUUAUUCUGACCAGCCUAAAUCCGAGUUCACUCUAAAUCAGUACAACAGCAUGGACGAGGUUCUGGCAGCCAUCUCACGAAUGCACGCUCCUGGAGGUAGAAGAAACACAGUCCAGGCUCUGAAGUCUGCACUCUCCUACUUUGCAGCGGCACAUGGAGGAAGGCGUUUUCAUCAUGUUCCUCAGGUGAUGUGCUUAAUAACAGAUGGUCCAAUCGCUGACUCUGCUGAACUCAAAAACUGGACUGAAGAUCUUGCAGAUUCUGAGGUCAACGUUUUUGCAAUUGGGAUGGCAGGAGCCACUGAGGCUGAGCUCACACAAAUUACUGAAAAUCACGAAAGGGCCUUCUACGCGGACAACUAUGAGGCUUUUAGAAUGCUGUCUAAACCAAUUACUCAACAACUAUGCAAUCUGACAAAGCCAGUGUGUGAGAAGGAGAUGGCAGAUCUGGUCAUCUUGAUCGAUGGGUCCGAAUCGAUUUCCGUGAAGAACUGGGAAGUUGUAAAGGGCUCCGCGAUCAACAUUGUUAAAAAGCUUGAAAUUGCACCAGAUCGAUGGCGGGUUAGUGUGGCUCAGUUCAGUGACAAAAUAUUUAAUCACUUCUACCUGGACAAAUACCACAAUAUAGCACAAGUGGAACAAGGCAUACAUGCCAUUUCCCAAAGGAAACAAGGGACAAACACCUGGGAAGCACUGAAAGAAAUAGAAGCUUACUUUACACCGGAGCAUGGAAGCAGGAUAAAGGAAAGAGUGUCACAGAACUUGCUGCUCAUCACAGAUGGCAAAGCUAAUGACGAGGAGGAUCCAAGUACAUUAGCUAAUCUCAGGGCAAAGGACAUUGCUGUAUUUGCCAUUGGGAUUGGGCAUGAUAUCAAGCACCAUGAGCUCAUCAAAAUGACUGGUUCCAAAGAGCGUGUUUUCUACGAGACCUUUGAGAGUCUUCCACUGAAGACAACCACAAAUAAAGUUCUAGACGCCAUAUGCACACCAAAUGUCAUACCACAUUCUGAGGGAUGCUCUAUUGACAUUGGCAUUGGAUUUGAUGCAUCACAAAGUACAAGCUCGCAGCCUCUACUGGGACCACACACAGAGUCCCUGGUUGCUGCAGCUAUUAAUCGUUUAUCCAUGAUUGGUGAGCUCUGCUGUGUCCAUGCGGACGAAAUCGAAACCAAGUUUGGCUUCCGCCUUGUCUCUGGCAAUGAUGGGAAAGUCAUAGAGGAUUUUAACUUUAAAGAGUAUGAGCAGAACGCGGUCACCAAGCUGCUCCAAAUAUGGGCUGCAGCACCAACGGCUUUCAAUGCACUUCUUCUAAACUCCUUCAAACAAAAAUUCACAAGUUCGCACGCUGGAGUGAAGGUGCUUAUCCUAUUCACAGAUGGAUUUGACGAUUCCAUGGCGCAUCUAAAGGCGAGUGCAGAGAGCCUCCGGCAAAGUGGGGUUAACGCACUGCUGAUCGUGGCUCUGAAAGACAAUGUGGACCACCAAGCGCUGGAAUUUGGACGAGGUUUCAACUAUAACAAGCCCCUUUCCAUCAACAUGCUUAAUGUGGGAAAUGCACUUCAGGAACAGCUUGAAGCAGUGGCAUCAAGAGUGUGCUGCAAUAUGACGUGUACAUGUCAGGGUGAUUUUGGCGCCAUGGGACGGUUUGGGCCCCUGGGAUUAAAGGGAGGACCAGGGUUAAUGGGUCAUCCUGGAAUACCUGGUGACGACGGAAGCCCGGGUGAAAGGGGUCAGCCGGGUCUGAACGGAACUCAAGGACACCAAGGCUGCCCUGGUAAAAGAGGCCUCAAGGGAUCAAUAGGAUAUACUGGGGAUCACGGAGACGAAGGAGAGUUCGGACUCACUGGGGUGGAUGGUGAACAGGGUGAGACUGGUGAAACUGGAAUGGCAGGACCGAAGGGAGAUCACGGACGCUCAGGUGUAAAAGGAGUGAGAGGAGAUUCUGGCCCCAAGGGAGAACGUGGUGUGAGAGGAGACCCUGGGAUACCCGGUGCAGACAGCAGAGUGCGGGGUCCAAAGGGUGAGCUGGGAUACGUAGGCUUUCCUGGUAAUCAAGGCCCAGAUGGAGAGCCGGGUCAAGCCGGUGAGCGUGGAGAGCAUGGCUUUCCUGGGAAGAAGGGACCACCAGGAACUCCGGGGCCUUCCUCCACUGAACAAGGAGAACCAGGACCAGUGGGACCAGAUGGACAUCCAGGAGUGCGGGGUUCUCCUGGGAUAACUGGACCCAAAGGAGAGAAAGGUGAUCAAGGUCUACCUGGAGUUCAGGGGCUGUAUGGUGCAGUUGGGGAUAAAGGCACCAAAGGAAACCGAGGACCGAGAGGGCCACAGGGUCUGAUCGGUGACACGGGCAGAAAAGGCGACACUGGAACAGAAGGUUUCAGAGGCCCACCGGGCAACAUUGGUGCAGAUGCUUACGGACCUCCAGGAUAUAAAGGACAUAAAGGCAACACUGGUUUUCCUGGUUAUCCUGGUUUGCCGGGUGAAGAUGGAACUAAAGGAUUCAAAGGAGUGAGAGGACCCAAAGGACACCAAGGACGUCUGGGAAACGGAGGAAAUCGGGGACCUCCUGGAGAGCCCGGAGAUAUUGGCAUGAUCGGACUCCAGGGUCCGAAAGGAUCACCAGGAACCAGUGUGAAAACGGAAUGUGAAUUAGUGAAUUACGUGCGUGAAAACUGUGCUUGCUGUGGCGGUCAAACCCAGUGUCCAGGUUACCCAACAGAGCUAGUGAUUGCUCUGGACACAUCCUCUGAUGUAACUCCAAGGAUGUUCAAUAAGAUGCGUUCAACGGCCGUGUCUCUGCUCGAGGAUAUCGCCAUCGCGGAGACCAACUGUCCAGUCGGAGCUCGAGUUUCUGUUGUGUCCUACAACAGUCAAACCAGUUAUCUGAUCCGUUUCUCCGACUACCAUCAAAAGAGUCAGCUGCUGGAGGCGGUUAAGGGAAUCUCUCUGCAGAGGAGCAGGAAUCGGCGCGAUAUGGGCCAGGCUUUGCGCUUCGUUGCUGAGAACGUUUUCAAACGUGUCCGAAAUGGCAAACUGGUCAGGAAGGUGGCCAUCUUCCUGACAAAUGGGGAAUCACAUGACAUCUCAGGUAUCGACACGGCUAUGAUGAAGCUCAAGGCUUUAGAUAUCAAUCUGGGAGUCAUCACCUUCAACGAUGCUCCAAAUAUUCAUCGUGCCAUCCAGGUUGAUGAAACAAGAAGUUUCAAGGUUUUUAAUGAUCAGGAAGUCAGAUGGAUUAAAGAGUGUGUCAUCUGUUUUGAUCACUGUAACCCAGACCAGAGGUGUGGCAUAAUCCUAAACCCAAAGCCCGAAGAUGUGGAUGUGGAUUUAACUGUAAUGAUGGACUCGUCAUACGAUCUUCAGGCUGAUCAAUACUCUGGUGCGAAGGAGCUCUUGGUUUCCGUGCUGGACACCAUAGACGUGAGCAAUGACCCUACCAAAGAGGAUGGGAAGGCCAGGAUUGGGAUCUACCAGCAGAGCUCCACUUACCCCAACUCCCAUGUUCAAGAAGUGCUCAGACUUGAUGAGUUUAAAGACCGUUUCGUGAUGGAGAGACACAUUUCCGAAGACAUGCAACAAGCCGGUGGUUCACCACGUCUCGAUUCGGCUCUGGAAUGGACGAUAACCAAUGUUCUCCUGAAAGCAGCGGCACCGAGGAAGAAGCGAAUGGUCCUGAACAUCCUCGGUGAAGAAUCUGGGAGUUUCAUGGACAAAGAUGAGCUGAAAUACAUCUCCAUGCUCUCGCAGUGUAAUGAUAUCGUGAUGGUCACGCUGACGGUGGGCGAAAAAUUCAGCUGGACUCAGGUAGAAGGUCUGACCACACCGCCAAUGGAGCAACACCAUAUACCUCUUGGACAGCUGGGGCUCAGGGACCGGAAGUAUGCUCAGAAAUAUUUACGAGCCUUCCUCCGCAUGCUCACGAGAGAUUUCUUCCCUAAACCCUCUUCUCUCAAUGACGAGUGCAGCAGUUUUGUUACAAGGCAGAUUAAAUAUUAUACUCCUGUUCUUCCGCCAACAAAAAAACCCAAAGUUAUCACCACGAUUGAAGAGACUCAACCCAUGAGCGAGGUCUACACCGAAGCAAGCACAGACGUCUUUCAGGAAACCACAGAACAACCUCCGGAAGUGAUCACGGAGAUAUACACAGAAACAUACACGGAUGUGUAUACAGAGAAAUAUACAGAAGUGUUCACGGAACAUCCAGAAAUAUACACUGAGAUACAUACAGAUAUAUAUCCGGAUUAUAAGGAUAUAUACGAGGACACUUACCAGAAUGAGUAUCGGGACCAACCUGUGAACAAAGGCACUGUAGAAGACAGGAAAGUGACACCAUUGAACAGAGAGACAGCCAAGAAGCAAGACAAAAAGGACACCGUACACCAGAAUGGGCCUGAUCCAUUGAAGGCCCGAUGCUUGCUCAACAAGGACGUGGGGAGGGUGUGUUCGGAUUACAUGCCCAGGUGGUACUACGACCGGAACACUCAGAAAUGCACACACUUCUGGUACGGCGGCUGUGAUGGGAACGACAACCGCUUCCUGACCCAAACGGAGUGCAUAGAGACAUGCGGAGGAUUACGUGUUCAAGUUUUCCUCAAGGAUGAACCACCGAAAGUAACAGACGUUUGCCAGCUUGAUCAGGACACGGGCACGUGCUUCAACUUCAUGCUGAAAUGGUUCUACGAUGCGUCGAAGAGAGAGUGCGACCGCUUCUGGUACGGAGGCUGCGGGGGCAACGGGAACCGGUUCGACACGCAGGAGGCGUGUGAAGCUCGCUGUCUGAGAGACAAGAAGAAACUCUGAACACGUGGGGCACGUCAGAAACGUCCGCUUCAUUUCAGGGCUUAAUUUAA